UUAAGUGGAUCUAAAAAAUUUAUAAAAAAAUUUAAAUAUUAAAAAAAAUACGAAUUAAAAUUUUCAAAAACUAUUUUUAAAAAUUUUAAACCAAAUAGAUGUUUUUCACAUUGAAGGAUUGAUUAUAUUCCAAACAGAGUGUGUUUGCAAAAUAAAAGAAGUGUAAAAACUAGCACCUCUGUGUCAUUCAACAAAUGAAACCUCACACCGGGCGAUUUCACAUGGGAGGUGAUAGGUUCCAUCAUCUAUGGCCCAUCAAGCUAUCAAAAUUCUUCAUAAAAGAUGUAUUUAUACUAUCAAUGUUUUAGUUAAUAUAGUUUAAUCUCAUUAAAAAAAUUAAGGGAUCCUAUCAAAUAGAAUUCACACCUAUUAAAGAUCCACCGUAAAUUCAGUUCUCGUUUGGUUUUUAUUUUGGAGUUUGGAGCUAAAAAAACACAAAAGUUCAAAAUAGGUUACCUAAGCUAAUAAGACAAAAUGUCAUAUUCAAAUCACAAUUAUUACACUUUUUCUUUCACAAAAUCAAAAAAACCAAACAACUCUGGUCAUGCUAAGAUAUAAGCACCGAGAUUGCCACGAGCUUCUCAGUUACAUGUCAAGCUACCGCUAUUCAGCAAAGCAGAAGGGCAAGGUUACCGAUUUCUUUCGAGCGCCUGCUCCUCCACCCGACCCAACACUCCCACAUGUUCCUCUCAUUCGCCUAACUGAGGAAAAAGAGAUGGCAAAAAGAAGCCGGAUCAAGAAUCUCUUCACUGCUACUUCUGCUGAACUACCGAGCAACCUACAUCUUGUGCCAACUGCCAGUCAGAGUUCGGGGACCGUGAUUGCUUUGGCUUCAAUAGUCGCUCCUUUGAACGUUGAGUCGUGUCGGGCUGGCAAGAGGCCACAUACAGCGGACCCGUCAGCCAAGCUUGUUGCGGAGUUGCACACCGAGCAAGUUGCUGAGGUUGAGCCCAUACCUACUUGGGAGUCGAAACUAAAACACCGGGAAAAAGAUAUCCCGGUAACAACAUCCAUCAUCGAAGACAAAGAGAAGCUUCUUGCCUUUGAUUUGACAAAAUCACUCUUGCUGCCUGGUGACAUGGUCGGUCAAGAUCACGUGCCGGAUACAAGGAUGGUCAAGUCGGCAGUGAAGUCAAUAACAAGGACUAUGUAGAAGUCUUACCUCAUCAUGGAUCGCGUUCUCAAGCUGCGGCAAAAAGUGACUGACCUGAAUGCUGCUAGCAAGAACAUCUCGGCCGAGUUAGGCCGAGCUAUGACUUCCCUUGAGAUUGCCAAUGCUGACAACGCCAAACUCCUUGCCCAACUAAGAAGUGCCGAGUAAGAGAGGGAUUCUCUUCAGGCCGAGUUGGAGAAGGUGAAGGUUGAGAAGUCUGAAGUCGUGAAAGAUGUCGGGCUCAAAGGCUUCAAGGAGGCCGAAGAGAGCUAUACCAAGUAGGUCGAGGCCACCAAGGACAUCUUCUUCUAGUCCGGUUGGAAGGCUGCUUGUGAGAAGCUCAGUCAAGGGUCCACGACUGAAAUAUUUGCCAACCUUCCUACCCAUUUCUUGCUGGGCUACAUGGUCCCCUACGCCCAAGAAGUGUUCAACAACUUGAUCGAGGAUGAGUCUGGCGAUGAGGAGGCCGAGGAAGAAAGCAAGGGCACUCAAGAAGAAGGCGGCGUGGAUAAGGAAGUUUAUAUGGCAUAGCAAGAGGAGGUCGCCCAGCCUAAGCGCAGUGUUGAAGAAAGGGCUGCCGCGGUCGACUUGGAAGCAACAGCGGCUGGAGCUAGCGAUGAGUUUGAUGAACUGUCUCCUCUAGUUUAGUUUUGCUUUUCUUGUUUUUUCAUUUGAACUUUUUAUAACCAGGCUACCUGCCCCAACUUCUGUACUAAACUUCUAAUGAAUGAAAAUUGCGUGCAACAUUACCACAAUAUAACCAAAACAUUAACCUUCUUAGCUGGAUAAAAUCAUCUCGGCUAUUAGAAGAGAGUUGAACCAAUCACUCAUUUGGCCAAGCAAAAUCAUCUCGACUAUGAAGACGGUGUUGAACAAAUCAUUAACUCCUUUAGCCAGGCAAAAUCAUCUCGGCUAUAAGAAUGGAGUUGAACAAAUCAUCAACUCAUUUAAACGGGCAAGAUCAUCUCAACUGUAAUGAUGGAAUUGAACAAAUCAUCAAAUCCUUUAGCUAGGCAAAAUCAUCUUGGCUAUAAGAAUGGAGUUGAACAAAUCAUCAACUCAUUUAGUCGAGCAAGAUCAUCUCGGCUAUAAGGACGAAGUUGAACAAAUCAUCAACUCAUUUCAACGCGCCU